GGCAGGGCUGGGAGGAUUCAGUUGGACUUGGAAAUGUCUCUGUCUCCUUAAACCAAAGAACCCUACUCUGUCAGAGUACACCAAUAUAUUUACAGGAGGAAGAAACACCCAAAGGACUCAGCUCUGGGAGGUUAAUUUGCUAACUUUGAUUCUGAAGUCCAUCUCUCCCACUAUCCAGCCAAGAUGAGGCUAUCAGGUGCACUCCGCAUCCUGGCAAUUAUUUUUACCCUGGCGACAACCUGGUUUUUUGCACAUACCUAUUUCAAUUCAGGUGUAAAAGGCAUCAGCAUAAGAAGUUGGCUAGAUUCCAGAACAGGAAUAACCAAGCCUUUACGAACCAAGUGUGGCAACCACAAGAGAUGUCCAGAAGACUUUUUUGCCUUCAGAAUUGUCAGUGGAGCAGCCAAUGUAGUUGGGCCCUCUCUGUGUUUUGAAGAUCGGAUUCUCAUGAGUGCUGUGAAAAAUACCAUUGGCAGAGGGCUAAAUAUUGCACUGGUAAAUGGUUCAACAGGACAUUUCCUGAGAUAUGGCAUCUUUGAUAUGUAUUCAGGAGAUAUUAACAUUUUGCUGAAAUUCUUAAGCGAAAUUACAGAUGGCACCUUAGUCCUGAUAGCGUCUUAUGAUGAUCCAGGAACUAAACUGAAUACCGAAGCCCGGAAAUUUUUUACUGAUUUAGGAAGUGUUCAUGCAAACGAUCUCGGAUUCCGAGACAGCUGGGUCUUCUUAGGAGCAAAAGGCCUCAGAGAUAAAAGCCCCUUCGAACAGUUCUUAAAGAACCAUCCAGAAAACAACAAAUAUGAUGGUUGGCCAGAGAUGCUGGAAAUGGAAGGUUGUGUACCAAGGAAGUUGUAUUAAUUGAUGAUGUUGAAUCCUGCCCAGCUUCCGUGAAGACUCUCAGAGCAAGAAGCUAAAGGUUGUCUUGUAAAAGUCAAGGCUAGAGUAAAAAGUUGAUUUUAUGGAUUCUA